CCGAUUGAACAUACACUGUUAGCGUUUGAUUACUGAGAUGAAAUAAAAGCAAAAUAUGCUUCAUAAUUCAGCUGUUAGGAUUUUGUGCUUAGUUGCUUACGUGUCUGUGCUUUACAUUGUCGGAAGUUUAAUUUUUACGAAAGGUUUCCUUCUCAAACGCAAUGUUGUUGCAGAGAACAGCACGUGCCGAGUUGACUUUGCGAAGUACUCGAGCGGUGAAAACCACGGGACACAGGGUUGUUGGCUUCACAGGAGAUUUGACAAGGCAGUUAUCAUUAUCAUUGAUGCUCUUAGGUUUGAUUUCAUUAAGCCAUCAAGUGACAGCAAUAAACCUUACUUAAACAAAUUGCAGUAUGUUCAAAAUAUCCUGCGGAGAGAGCCGCAGAAUUCUCGCCUGUAUAAAUUCACUGCUGACCCUCCAACUACUACUUUACAAAGGUUAAAGGCAAUGACAACUGGAAGUCUGCCAACAUUUGUAGAUGCUGGAUCAAACUUUGCAAGCACAGAAAUAACUGAAGAUAACCUGAUCAGCCAAAUGCAUGACAACGGUAGAAAACUUGUGUUCAUGGGCGAUGAUACAUGGCAAAGCUUGUUCCCGCAACAGUUUGUAAGGACCUAUCCAUUUCCAUCUUUUAAUGUGAAGGACCUCCAUACUGUUGACAAUGGAAUUUUGAAAAAUAUUUAUGAUGAACUUCAAAUGAAAGACUGGGAUGUGCUGAUAGCUCACUUUCUGGGUGUGGACCACUGUGGUCAUCGUUUUGGUCCGAACCACCCAGCCAUGCAAGAAAAAUUGACACAAAUGGACAAUACUAUAAGGAAUAUCACAAGACUACUUGACAAAGAUACAUUGCUGUUAGUGAUGGGAGAUCAUGGUAUGACCUCCACAGGAGACCAUGGGGGAGACAGUUCAGAGGAGAUAGAUGCUGGCCUGUUUAUCUACAGCAAAUCACCCAUUACUACAGCCAAUAAACCACAGACUGAUUACAGAACAGUAUCACAAAUUGACAUUGUACCAACUGUCUCGCUGCUAUUGGGGCUUCCAAUUCCAUUUUCUAAUCUGGGCUCAGUCAUCACAGAUCUGUUUGCUUACUGCAGUUGGUCCAAAGAGUCUCACAUAAAGGAGGUAUACCACAUUGUGGAAGCCCUGAGAGUCAAUGCAAACCAGAUGAAUAACUACAUUACGCAUUACAUGCGAACAUCUUCGGACUUGCCUUCACACAAGAUAGCAAUACUGCAGGCCAAACUGACUACGGCAGAGAACCGGUUACAGCGCCUCGUGACUGACAUGUUCAUACACAACAAGGAAGAAAACGCCCAUGAAGUGUUGCAUGACCUUGAAAAAGAAUAUAGAAAUUUCAUGUUUCAGAUGAAAGAAAUAUGCAGAGAAAUAUGGGCAAAAUUUGACCAUGGCUCAAUGGGAUUUGGAAUUAUGUUCUUAAUUGUUGCGGUAGCUGUGAAUAUUUAUAUACUAUGUGUUGUACAGGAUUUUAGCCAAGAUAAAUGGGAUGGUUCAAUUAUUAUUGUUCUGGCGGUUUCCAUCGUGUUUCUAGUGUUUUCUUUGCUGCAAGUUUAUCUGGAAAGUAGCUCCGUGCAAAUUUUGGGAUUUAUGUUAGGAUUGUUUGACCUUGUUGCACUUGCAAUUAUAGUGCAAGUGACAACUUCUAACAGAACUGAAAGAAAACCCCUUCAGAAAACAAAGUACUCAAACACCUGGAUUACAUUGGAUACUUUUGUUUCCACAAUUGUUAUAGCAUUAUCCAUUUUAGCAUACUUUUCUAACAGUUUUGUAGUUUUUGAGGAUGAUCUGUCAUUAUUUUGUUCUCAGACUAUGGUUUGGUACAUUUGCGCUAAAAUAGUAUUUUGCAUCCUUAAAGACAAAGCAUUCAAGGAGUCCAAUAAGUCAAAACUGAAGGGUUCAAAACCCACAGAUAUCAGAAAAGUGCUUGUUAGUUCUCUCCUUCCAGUGGUUGUUACAACAACAGCCUGCAGCUUGUGCAUCCGACUGUCUGCAAAUUAUCGGCAGAAACGCGAAGAACAGUUAACACUUGAUUUGCUGAAUAAGGACUCGCAAUCAGAAGAAUCUACCUCAAUGGCUGAAAGCAAAAAUGUUCAGUUCUUUGUGUCUACAGCUAUGUUGGUAUUAACUUUCUAUCUGCCAAGAAAAUGGCUGAAAGAGAGUGGUAAUUUAAAUGGCGUCAAUUUUACAGUGCUUUGUGCAAGAUACCUGGUACCUUUAGCAGCUGUCAGCACAAUGUUCUAUUGGGCUUUGCAUUGUUUGCCAGUAAAGGUGUUGGACUCGCUACCAGUGUGGCAGCAGACUGUGUUGGCCGAGGUUGUGUACGUGGUGGUUGUGGUUGCCUCCGUGAUCUUCACUGUCUCCCCACUGCUGGUUUACAUGCAACCCAAGCAUGGCAAACAGUUCUCAGUGCCUAGUGAGACACAGGGCAAAGAUCUAGUAGGAAAACUAUACUCCUACAUUAAGAGCACAUGGACAGAAGAAAAUCAGGCAGAAGUUGUCGUAAAUGGCCAGUCUGAGGUCCCCAGAGUGUAUGGUCUAGGGACAGUUUUCUCUGGAGCUAUAGUCUACAAUGGACUGUUGCUGCUGUUGGUGUUGUCACUGUUGCUGGGCAGCAGUCUAGCUCCCAGCAUUCUCUGUGCUGUAGCAGCCAUGUUCUUCUUCCUUGAACUGUUCUCUAUCGCUGUGAAAGUCUGCAGAGACAGUGAUCUAAUCCUACCAGGCCUGGUGGCAUGGCUGUGCAUGAUGUGGACUUUCUUCUAUGGCUUUGGACACCAGGCAACCAUCCCUGCCAUUCGCUUUGAAGCAGCCUUUGUUGGUUUCCAUGGUGACUGGGAAAACAAGCUGUUGCCCGCGGCGAUGAUCACAAGCAACAUGUUUGCUGCAGAAAUCCUCUUUACAUUUCUGUCCCCUCUGCUGAUACUCUGGCCUUGCACGAAAGGACCAAUAUCAGGCUUCCUAUUUCCCAGUCGUCAUGGCGAGGCUGGUUGGCAGGGGGACUAUGUGAUGUUCAACAACCGUCCAGUGUUCAGAGAGCUGCUGUUAAAGCUGGUGUCCACUACAUACCUUAUACAGGGACUCAAGUUACUGGGUUGCAUCAUAGCCACCACAAUUCAUCGUCGCCACCUGAUGGUGUGGAAGAUAUUUGCCCCACGUUUCGUCUACCAGGCAAUUUCAUCUUUCAGUGUGUUUGCAGUAGCACUACUGUUCUUGGCUACUUUGUUACGAGUAGAGAAAGCUUUAGGCCACUGGACAGAAAAAUUAAAAUGAAAUUUAUCAGUUAGUUGUUAACUCAUCAUUUCUCAUCCAAAUUUUAUAGAAACUGAAAGUGCAUUUUUGUAACAUUCUUAUUUUUUGUAUUGAGUUUUUUAUAUUGAAACUUAACUUGAAUGUAUUAAAAUAAUAAGCUACUUUUUCUCUUACAACAGCUGAAAAUGAUGCUAAAGACAUGUUGUUGUUAAAAUGAGACCUGUUACAGCCCUAUUAUUCCCGUACUACAGGUAUGUUUAGCUGUACUGUUGUUUGAUGUUUUAUAUAUUGUUCAAGUGCUGGUACAUUUGGAGCGCCAGAAUCUCAUAUUCAAGACUUUCAUGAUAUUGCCAUAUUAAUCGGAUAGCAAACUUACGCAUAUGAUGGACAUAUUUUUGUCAUUAUAAUUUUAGACAUACAUUUUGCAUCUAUCCUUAGUGUUUUUGCAUUUGACACGUCAGGACCAAUUACAGGUUUCUCAACUGAAAAAUUUAAUGUACAUUUCAACAGAUAUAACUGUUAAUAAUCGUCUGAUUAAAAUUCAUUCAAACAACUGUAUUGUACAAGGAAUUUAUGUACUGUACAUGUAUAUACCACAAUUGGAUGAUUGACAGUAAGAGUUUGCACUUUUUGUGAGUAUAAUCCAGUGAAUCCUGUCUAAAUCCGACUUUUAUCAUGGUCCCAGGAAUCUCAAAGUUUAUAAGGUUUCUAUUGUAAAACUUUAAAGGGGCCUUUUCACAUUUUGGUAAAUUGACAAAAUUAAAAAAAGUUGUUUCAGAUUCGCAAAUUUUCGUUAUAGUUAUGAUAUUUGUGAGGAAACAGUGAUACUGAACAUUUAUCAUGCACUAGAUUAUCCAUUAUAUGCAUCUUUUGACAAUUUGAAAUCCAGAAAAUUAUAAAGCGUUGCAAUGCGAAAUGAUUGAAUAAUUUGGAAAGUUCUGUUGUUGUCGAUAUAUUUUGGGAAACUAUGAGGAUUGCUUAUGUAACUAAAAAAUACAUUCACUAAUAGUAUGAGCAUGGAUGGUCGAGUGGUCUAAGCGGGAGACUUUUUACUCCAGGACUACAGGGGUCAGUGGUUCAAGCCCAGUUGCGGGUUACUUUUCUUUUUAGCUCUACUGGUCGAAGGCCUGAAGAGCUUAUGUCAUGGCGUGGUUUCCGUCGUCCGUGCGUGUGGUAAACUUUUUCUUGUUUACGCGAUAAAGUCCACAGUUUUCAUCCGAUUCUUUUCAAACUUGUUCAGUGUCUUUAUAUUAAUGAGGACUCGAACCCUAUUGAAAAUGGGUUACAUCAGAGUAAAAAGUCAAGUAUCUCCCCUUGAAAUUGAGAAAAUUGUGAAAUAAGGCUUGUUAACGCAAUUAAGUCCUAAGUUUUCAUCCAAUUAUUUCCCAACUUGCACAGAGUUUUUAUCUGAAUGAUGAGUCAAACCCUAUUGAAAAUGAGCAAUAUCGGAGUUUUAAGUCCAGAAUAAUCUCCCCUUGAAUUUGAGAAAAAAAAUGAAAAUUCAGUUUUUUUUAUGUGAUUAAGUCCAUAAUUUUCAUCCAAUUCUUGGCAAACUUGCACAGUGUCUUUGUAUCAAUGAGGACUCAAACCCUUUUGUGAAAAGAGCAAUAUAGAAGCAAUAAGUCCAGAAUGACUUCCCCUUGAAUAUGACAAAAUUUUGAAAUCCCGCUUGUUUACGCAAUUAUUUCCACAGUUUUCAUCCAAUUAUUUUCAAAUUUGCACAGUAUCUUUAUAUCAAUUAGGACUUGAACCCUAUUGAAUAUGAGCAGUAUUAAAGAAAUAAGUACACAAUAAUCUCCCCUUGAAUUUGAGAAAAUUCUCCUUGUUUGCGCAAUUAAGUACACAGUUUCCAUCUUAUUCUUUCCAAACUUACACAGUGUUUAUAGCAGUAGAGCGAUUCAGGCCCGCAUUGGCCUCUUGUUUUAAUUGUAUUCUUAUUGUUUUUUUUACUUGAGGUUUGUAUGUCCAAUGUUUAAAUUUAUCAAUAUAAAGCAUUUAAUGACAAGCUUCAAUACAUGCCAAAAUCUGUAAAAAGGCCCCUUUAAAGAAAUAUGUCCAUAGGUAAUAAGCUUAAAAUUGUCUUUACAUACAUGGUCUUGCAAUAAUUGUAUUUGACCAUUUAUUCUGUUUUAUGUGUAUGUGUAGAUAUUGUCAUAUUAUUCUAAUUGGUGCUGUUUAUUUAGUUAUAUUAUGUGAAACAGGUUCAUCAUUGCACAUUUUGAAUAACAUUGUAAUUUGCAUUUGUUAAUGGAAAAAAUAAAUGAAUAUAAUUA